AUGGUGAUGCGCCGCGACAGCCACAGCGCCGUGCUGCGGCAGGAGCCCGCCCCCACAGUCGCGCGCACGCCCCCGAAGCGCGUCUUCUCCUUCAAGGACGCGGUGGUGCGCGCGCCGCCCGCGUCCGCGCCGUCCCUCUCGGUGAAGGAGCAGCCGCAGCCCGUGCAAGUGCAAGUGCAGCCGUCUCCGCGCAACAGAGGCAACAGCCACGACAAGAAGACGCCCGGCCCGCGCACCAUCCGCUCGCGCAGCAUCACCAAGAUCGUGGAGAGUCCGAGCUUCAAGAAGCGGUGCGAGGCGCUGAAGUCGCACCAGGGACGCAAGCACCACGACAAAAAGAGUGACAGCAGCGCCAAUGGUGCAAGUGCAAGUGCUAACCGCAGCCCCUGCACCUCCCCCAGGGCGAAGGAAGACACACCUAAAAAGUUGACGCCGUUGGAGGAACUCUGCGAGAGGGAAAAGUUGUUGCACGGUUCGGGCGAGAGCUUUAAGGGGCGCAAACGCGCCUCCCGCUCCGCUUCCGCCUGUUCAGCUUCCUCCUCCUCCUCCUCCACCUGCUCCUCUGCACUGCGUAAAGCGCAUUCGCUGUCGGAGAAAGACGAUGGUGUUAACCAGGAAAGUGGCAGUGGCAGUCCGCGCGUCCGCACCGUGUCGAACGACCGCGUGCUGUUGCGUCGAGCCUCGUUGCCGUUGGGAGCUCCCUCGGACUCUGAUACGCAGGAAUCUCUAUCCAGUUCGUCGUGCGAGAGCAGCCCCGUCAAGGCCGUUGCCAGGUUGUCGGUCUCCUCCCAGCCGCGUAGUCCCGUUGUGGCAGUCUCCCCUCCUCCGUCCAGCACCUCGUCUACCGGGCUGGACUCGGACGAGAGCGAGUUGUUGUCACACGACCUGGCAGUUGGCAGCAGCAGUAGCAAUAGCAGCAGACACCACGCGCGGAAGGCUCUGGAGAGUGACGACGACUUUUUGGACUGCGACGACACCAACAGCGAGUCUACCGCCGAGUCCUCGUGCCCAAGUCCUCGACACAGCCCGCUGUCGCACUUUGGCGCGCACCGCCGCGAGAUGGAGGCGUGCUACGAGCACGAUGAGCUUUCGUCGAUGCUGUCCAACUGCUACGAGGAGGACGAGGAGGCGUACAUGCUGCUGGACCGGAUCAACAACUUGUCGGCCGAGUUCGUGGCCAACCGCGAGUACGAAGAGUCGAACGCGCUGUCGUGGUCGGUGCAGCAUGCAGCGCAGCAAGGAGUGAUCUCGACGCAGCUGCAGCAGAACCUGUUCACGAAUAUCUGCGAGGGGUAUCUUGACGAGGCCCGGGACGUGCUGUAUCACAAAUGUCACCUGGUUCCAGCCGUUGGUAGCGUUGUGGAGAGCCCGAUGCAGCCGAUCAUGGAUCCGACUGCGCUGCAGUCGUUUGUGGACUAUGUCGACGACAUCUCGCCUAUGGACGUGCCUGAGGCGCGCAUGCACAAGUUGCAGGUGCUGAAGCAGUUGUCGGAUCUGCUUACCAAGUGGGUCAAGAUGGUCGGACGCGAGCGUGAGCUGAGCGAGGAGCACAUUGCGUUGACGAAGGGAUCUCUGUUCCUGGCUGGCUCGUACCGUCUAGGACUAGACGACCCCAACUCGGAUAUUGAUGCAGUGUGCGUCGCGCCUUGGCACGUGACCCACGACGACUUUUUCAGUUCGUUCUGCCAUUUGCUGGAGCAGACGCCGGGGGUAUCCCACCUUGCGCCUGUGCCCAACGCGUACGUACCGCUUAUUUCGCUGUCGUUCUUGGGAGUGCGGAUGGACCUGUUGUUCGCGCGCUUGCCUGUGUCGAGCGUGGAGCCCAACCAGAACAUUGAUUCGGAUCACAUGCUGGUUGGCGUUCAUGAGACGUCGAUGAAGGCUCUGAACGCCCCACGAGUGAGCUCCAUGCUGCUGUGCCUGGUGCCAAGACGUCGCGAGUACAGGAUCGUAUUGCGAGCCGUGCGUGCAUGGGCCCGCCGUCGCGGGAUCUACUCAGCCAAGCUAGGCUACUUGGGUGGUAUCAGUUGGGCUAUCCUCGUUGCGUUCGUGUGCCAAUUGUACCCGAACGCGGAGCCUGCCAAAAUCUUUGUUCGAUUCUUCCAGGUGCUUUCGGAGUGGCAGUGGCCGCAGCCUGUCAUGCUGAACAUGAUUUACGACGCCGGACUGGGGUUCGACAUGUGGGAUCCUCGCCAAAGCGUGUUCGACCGCUCGCAUAUCAUGCCGAUUAUCACGCCGGCGUACCCCCACAUGAACUCGUCCGUCCAGGUUUCGCAGCCCACGUUCUCUGUGAUCUACGAGGAACUGUGGCGCGCGAGGUAUUUGGCUGAAAUUGCCGUUGGCAUUUCCAAGCCGUUCCCCACGGCUGCGCCGUCGCCUGAAAGUUCUGAAGCGGACUUGAAGGCAGCAGUUGUGUGUAUGGCUACGUCGAUGCCCUCUUUCGACCAGCCGCUGAAUGCUGUUGACUCGACGGAAGGAGUAGUGCAAACCACGCAGGGCUUCGGCGAAGGAAGCGCGUGGGACAAGCUCUUCCAGCCGUCGAAUUUCUUCAUUCGGUACAGCUCGUACAUGGUGUUCAACUUCCAGGCGGCCUCGGAGAGUGCGAUGCACAAGUGGGGAAAGUUUGUUCAGUCGCGACUCCGCAAGCUCGUGGACAACCUGCACCACAUGUCACCGGUCUCGCGGGUGCACGCGUUCCCGCGUUAUUUCCCUCACACGUGCGAUGCUGAGCGCCGUGGGCCGGGCUCGUGCAUGUUUAUUGGUAUCGAGUUCCACUACCGACGUCAUCAGACCAUCCAGCCGAAGGACGACCCGGAGGUGAAGAAGACGCUGGAGCAGGCCAUCCGCUUCUUCUUGGCCACGGACUUGCAGCAGAUGGAGGACAAGCAGCCAGAUAUGACUGCUGACGCCAAGGUAUUAAGCUGGGAAGAACUGCCCGAGUUUGUCUUCCGGUUAGGACGCAGCAACGCCGAUUUGGAGCGUGCCAAGUACACAGACGACCUGGAGAAGAUGGGCUUCUCGCAGAGCAACACGCCCACCUUCCGCCCGCCGUACUACGUCAACAGCUACAACCGCAACGGCAAGUGGCGCAGCGGAGGCCCGCGUAAGUACGCGGGAGGCCAGCGCAAGCAGCGGCGAGAUUUCCGCAACGCGCCGCGGUCCUAUCCAGGCACUCAGGCUGGGUGA